CGAUACCCAACAUUUAAAACAAUUUCUUCAACAACAAAAUCAUUUUCCUCGAGUUUACGUUUUUAAGGUUCCGGAAGCUCUGGAAUAAGUAACCAAGAUGGCACGUAACUCAGAGAAAGCACAGUCUAUGCUGUUCCGCUUCCGUGAAGCUCAGGCUGCGGAUUUAGGUAUUAUCGAUGCAGGAAGAACACGACGGCCCAAGGUUAUUACCGAAGUCGACUCGAUCCCGUCAUGUGAGAAAUGGAGAGGCCAAACACUUAAAGAAAUUAGCCGAAAGGUCUCUCGUAUCCAGGACUCAGCUCUUAGCGACUACCAGAUCCGGGAUCUCAAUGACGAAAUCAAUAAACUCAUGCGUGAGAAGCAUAUGUGGGAGGUCCAGAUACGGAACUUAGGAGGUCCUAAUUACAUGCGUGGUGGCGGAAAGAUCUAUGACGAGACAGGCAGAGAAAUACCAGGUGGUGGUAAAGGAUAUAGAUAUUUCGGGCGCGCAAAAGAGUUACCGGGAGUUAAAGAGUUAUUUGAGGCAGCCGCACAGAAGAGGAUACAGGAUUCGGAGAAGCCGCUAGAAACCCGCGAGGAUUUAAGGAAAGCAGUUGACGCGAAGUAUUACGGAUAUGCACCCGAUGAAGAAGACGAAGCAUUAUUACAAUACGAGGCAGAGAAGGAGCGCGAAGCUUUUGAAGUCCUUCUAAAGCAAGGAAAGACCGAACCUCCCUCGGGGUGGGAACCCCUACCCGGUGACGCAGGAGAUGGCAAGGGCUGGGAGCUACCUACUCUGGAGGAGGUACAACAGGAACUCAUUGAGAGAAGAAGGCGCAAGCUUCUUGAUCAGAUCCAAUAGGGCCUUGCCUAUUUCUUCUCCCUUUGGAACGGAUAGACUACUUCUCCCUGCCAAUAUAUCGAGAGGUAUAAUCAUAUACAAGAU